AAAAAAAACAUUAAGCUUUAUAAUGAUGACUAUGGAUAACUCGAAAGAGUCGAUCACAACAAUAUUGGAUCAAAUGAGAGAAGCUCUUGUGCAGAAAGAAAUAGAAAAUCGUGAUUUAAAGAAAAGGAUGUUUGAAUGGAAAAAGAAAGCAUUGGAAAAUGAAUCGUUAUAUCAAACAACUAUCCAACAGCAUCAAUUUCAGGAACAACAAUUAAUAGCUCAUCACAAGGCUCAAAUGGAUGCUCUUACUGCUGCUCAUGUCGAAAAAAUGAACGAUGCAUCUCGUAUCAUCUUGUCAUUACAAGCAAAACAAAAUGAUUUUAAUGAUGAUAGUGAUGAUGGUCAUCCUCUUUCUCAAUCUUCCGCUUGCCAUCAUACUGUCAUCGAAGCUGAGAGUAUGCACAAAGAAUCAGCUUCCAAAGUCAUUCAUCAUCAAAAAAAGGCAUCGGCCUUGAUCCUUAAUAUCAAUGAGGUCAUGACGGCGAUAGAAACAAACAUCAGUGAUUAUAUUGAAUCAUCCAACAGUUCGUCCCCUGAUAAUGGUUCGGAUGACGAUGAUGAUCCAAUAGAUAUACAUAGAAUGAAUGAUGAUAAUUGUUUUACACCUUGUUAUUCAUCUUUAUCCUCUUCCUCCUCAUCUUUGCAUGAUGAUACACCACCAACGCCAAUCUUCUCAUCUCCACGACUGCGGCAACAGCAACAACAACAACAACAACAACAACAACCAUCUCCUCAUCAUCAACAUUCUUUUCCUCAGUUACGGUCAAAACCCACCAUGGAACAUUUAUCCAAAGUUAUCCCAAACUUUUUUUCAAAGCCAUCCAUCAAAUCCGAUCAAUGGAAAAUUGUCAACAGACGUUCUUUUAUUAGAUCUACUUGAUCAGUCUUUAUCAAUAGACUAGUCCAUCAUAACAAAAUAUAUAAUAUUAUUUCAUUCGAAUACCCUUAUUCCAUAUUUUCAAUCACAUCAUAAUAAAGGCUCUUGGUUUUUUUUUUUU